CCACGUACUUUGUCACUGAGCUAGGGUAACCCAUGGUAACUGAAUUCCUAUCAGUACAGGGACCAAAUGCCUCCCCUCCCCACUGCUCUAUAAAAAGGGUCUGUCGAAGGAAGCCCACAGGCUGCUGCUGCCUCUCAGCACAGACCAGUAAAGUUGGGGUGAGAGAGGGCGGGAGCGGAGCGGAAGGGCCAGCAUGCCUUCUGCUCUCAGCCUUCAGUGCCACUGCGUCCUGAUCUUCUUGGCCGCCCUCAGGGGGGAAACCCGAUACCUAGAGGUGCGGGGUGCGGGGGAGGACGAGCCCUUCCUGCUCCUCAGCGCGGACCUGAAGCGGGAAUUGGCAGAGAGGCAGCUCUACCAGCGGGCGCUCAGGUGCAUUGACAUGCUGAGCGUGGAGGGGCAGUUCACCUUCACCGCCGAGCAGCCCCAGCUGCACUGUGCCACUUUUUUCAUCGCAGACCCCGAGGAGCUCAUCUCAAUAGACUAUGACUUCGUCAAUAUUGACUGCCAAGGGGGAGAUUUCCUGAAGGUGUUUGAUGGCUGGAUACUCAAAGGUGAGAAAUUUCCUAGUUCUUUGGACCAUCCUCUCCCUACUUCAGAGAGAUACAUAGAUUUUUGUGAAAGUGGCAACAUCCAAAGGAGCAUCAGGUCAUCCCAGAAUGUGGCAAUGAUCUUCUUUAGGAUUCAUGAACCUGGGAAUGGAUUUACAUUCACAAUAAAGAAAAUUUCCAACCUCUUCCCUUGCAAUGUCAUCUCUCAGACCCCCACUGGAAGUUUUACCAUGGUAAUUCCACAUCAGCACAGAAACUGCAGCUUUUCCAUAAUUUAUCCAGUGGUGAUAAAAAUAUCUGACCUGAUACUGGGACAUUUAAAUAGCUUCCAUUUAAAGAAACCAUCAACAGGCUGUGCAGGAAUGGGAGAUUUUGUGGAGCUGUUGGGUGGAACUGGAUUAGACCCCUCCAAGAUGUUCCCUCUAGCUGAUCUGUGCCAAUCUUUUCAUGGUUCUGCUCAAAUGAAGAUUGGCUGUGACAAUACUGUACUACGAAUGGUGUCCAGUGGAAAGCAUAUUAAUCGUGUGUCAUUUGAGUAUCAUCAGCUUGACCAAUACGAAUUGGAAAAUAGAAAGGAGAAUAGCAUUGAGGAGUUCUGCUUCCCUAGUAUUUGAGAAGCCAAUGCAUUUUCACACUGCUAGCAAAAAUAUGGUCUUGGUUGAUAAAUAAUGUACUUUUAACUCUAACUUACUGGUAUUAUCAAACUUCCUUCUGCAUAAGCAUCCUUAUCUUUUUCAUAUUAAUCAGUUGUUCCCAUGAACAAUCAAGAAAAAAAGACCUAAUGUGUUAAUCUUUCUAUUUAUCAUAAUACUUUUUUUGCAAUAUUUGGACUCCUGUAUUGAAUCCAAAAUUAAUAAAAAGAACAGAAAAUCAUGUUCCCAUUAUAAUUAUUAUUUCAAAAGAGCAUAGAUGAAAAUCCUCUAUGUAAAUAGUUUGAGCAUGCAUGAAAACUACAAAUUAGUAUCAAAUUCAAUUAGCAACUUAAUCUUUUUAUAUCAGAUGCUCACACAAAAAGAAAAAAUAUGUGGAAUGCACAUCAGUUUUAUAAUAGAAAAUCCAUUAUUAGUAUGUGCAAAUAUUGCUCUUUUAUUUAUUUCUAUAAAUGUACUAUUAUUUAUUUCUAAUUACUUGUUUUUAAUAAAAACAUUUAUAGCAUGGAAACUUUUCCUUAUACAAGUUCAAACAUGAAUAAAUACAUUCAAAAUGUUGGCAAAAUUUUAUGUUGUAUUUGUCUGAGAAACUGAUUAACUCACUGUUUAACUUCAUAAGUCUCGUGCAGUUUUGUUGGAAAUGAUAAUCUUAGACAUCUGUCACUAUGAAAUUGAAACAUUAAAGUAACA